ACUUGGAAUCUCGACGCGAUCCCAUCUGGGAGCACGUGAGAGCUAAGAUUGAGAAUUCGCGCGCGUAAAGUGACGUUUUGUUUUUUUAAUUCAAAAUGGCAGUUACAAGUGCAAGGAGCAUUGUGAAUAUGAAGGAGAAAGGACACUUUGAACAUGAAGAAACUAGGAUGGACAAGUAUACGCUCGCCGACGAGUUGCCGGCGCAGCUCUCGGAACUUAAUCUCCGUCCUCGUAAAAUGGCUAUUCCAUACACCCUGAGGAGACUCACCCCCAAGGACAAAGAUGGCGUCAUCGAGUUUAUGAGAAGAUUCUUCUUUCGCGACGAGCCUUUGAACUUCACAAUCAACUUAUUGGAGACGCCAGAAUCUCGGUGCUACGAGUUAGAAGAUUACACAGCCAGCAGCCUAGCUGAUGGAGCCUCAGUGGCCGCUGUUGACGAGAACGGAGAGUUCGUGGGGAUGGUCAUCAACGGUGUUGUCAGACGAGAGGAGGUAGAUUACACGGAUAAAUCCGAAGAUUGUCCACAUCCUAAAUUCAAGAGGAUUCUGAAGCUGUUGGGACAUUUGGACCGUGAAGCCAGGAUAUGGGACAAGCUUCCGCUAAGCUGUCACACAGCAGUUGAGAUAAGAAUCGCUUCAACGCACACGGAUUGGAGAGGAAGAGGCUUAAUGAGAGUUCUCGUAGAGGAAUCAGAGCGGAUUGCUAGAGAAAUCGGCGCCGGCGCAGUGCGUAUGGAUACGACCUCUGCCUUUUCCGCGGCCGCGGCCGAGCGACUCAACUACAAAAAUGUCUACGGUUUGUUUUACUCCGACCUGCCUUACGCACCACAUCCGGACCCUCCCCAUCUAGAAGCCAGGGUCUACUUGAAGGAAUUGUAAGAUAUUUGUGGACCUACUUUCUAAGUUAUUACCCUUUGAGGAAUUCUCCACUUUUAUGGUUAUAUUAAUAAGAUAUGUUAAUUUGUUGUAUCUAUAAAAAUAUGAACUAGAGAAAAACUGCUUCUUCGAAUCUGGCAAAGCUUGUUCAUGUAAUCUUAUUUCUGUAGUAUCAACUACUUUAUCAUCAAAUCUCAUUUUUUUUUUAACUUUAUAUACAAGAAAAAAUGAAAUUAUGAUAUUGAAAUAUUAAUGUAUAUAUUAUUUAGGAAUAACUGUGAUACAUUUUAUGUUGAACCAAAAAGUAAAAUUACAUAAAAAUUAUAAAUCUCUAAGAUUUAAGGUAUUUAUCGACAACAAUAUUCAUUUAUGCUCUUGUGACGCCUGAAAAAUUAAAAUAGCAAAUUUGUAACAGCGUGCUAUUGUUUUACGAAUCGUGAACCGCUUUUAAAAUGCACUGGAUUAAGUGUAGUUAAAUAGUAGUUCCUUCUAUUUAUUAAUAUUUUUAUAUUUGUUUCGUAUACGAUAAAGUAUUCACUGUCAAUUUCAGCUAUUUUCAAAAUCACCGUGAUGAUUCGUUAAAUAAUGUUUAGUUGUAUAAAGAUAUUUAAUAAAUAAAGUUGUUCUAAACAAAUAAA